CGACGGAAAGGAGGAGGCGGAGGAGGAGGAGCGAGUGUCGGAGGAAGAGACGUGUCCUUCCUUCCGCCAGCCGUGAAGAGCCGCAGCAGGAGGCAGCGCAGCCAUGGAGCUUGAGACGAUGAGCAGAUAUACCAGCCCGGUGAACCCGGCUGUGUUUCCACACCUCACUGUGGUGCUCCUGGCCAUCGGCAUGUUCUUCACCGCUUGGUUCUUCGUCUAUGAAGUUACUUCUACCAAAUAUACCCGGGACAUUUACAAGGAACUGCUCAUCUCCCUGGUGGCUUCACUCUUUAUGGGUUUUGGAGUACUCUUCUUAUUGCUGUGGGUUGGAAUCUAUGUGUGACAGUAAGCCAGGAGCUGUUUCAGAUUCCAGAAGCCUCACUGAAGCUCCUUUUUAUUUUUGUACUUAAUAUGGCUCAUUGCAGCUGUGGGCUAUGUUAUUCUGACACACGACUGCAGCCCAGAGUGACAUAACAUCAAAUCAAUAAAGCUGACUCUGUGAUGAGCUGAA